AUGGAUAUGGACAGGUUCCUUAUUCAACAGCUGAACAACAAAUUCAAGAACCAGCCACUGUCAAUAGACAGAUUGAUCUUUGCAAAUAUCAAUGAUUUUAGUCCUCAAGAUUUCUUUCAAGGGGAAAUAAAUGGUGGUGGAAUAAAGGAAUGCUAUGUAUUGACACCGAGGCGUCGACUUUACGGAAUAAUGCCUCGACCUGAUCGACGAGCCAGAAAUGGCUACUGGAAGUUAUUGAAAUGUAUAGAUGAUAAUAUCCUUGGAACAGACGGGACUGUUGGGAUGAAGCAGAAGCUUUUGUUCUUUGAAGGUGACCCCAAACAAGCGCGCAAAACUCACUGGUGUAUGAUUGAGUAUAAGCUAAGGCAGCACUGCUGUUCAAUCACUUGUGAUCACAAUAUCGGAAGGCUCGAUGAUUGGGUUCUCUGCAAGGUGUACGAGGAGUAUGAUCCUGAAACGCUAUCUUUUCAAAUGGAAACAAUGGAUAUUGGCUAA